AAAGGAAAAGAAAAAAAAAGUAAAAAUUCGGAAAAGAAGCAGAAAAAAAAAAAAAAAUCUCUUGUUGAUCGGGUCCCCGAAAAGCUUGGAGGUAGAAUUGAGAUUUGCGCGUCGCUUCCUGCCUUUUUAAAUCAGCUCCUUCCCCCUCCGAUCUCUUGCCAUUCUUUUCCUCCCUGCCACAUCUUAAAGUGAACAUCAUCCAGCUUCCUCCCCUCGAUCACUCGGCUGACGCCUCAUUCCACCUGAUCGCCUCUCCCCUGCCUUCUAUUUGGUUCACAUCCAGCCUCACAGAUUCCUCAUCAUGAAGACCACUGCUCUCUCUCUCGCUCUCCUGGCUGCCACCACCAGCAUGGUGAGCGCCGAUGUCUCCGUUGGUGAAUGCGCUCAAAUGUGCAUCAGCAACAUGAACGCCAAGGCUUCCGAGCUCGGUUGCUCCAGCGGUGACUUGGAUUGCCUGUGCAAGAGCGGCAACUACUCCUAUGGUGUGCGCGACUGCACUACUGAGGCUUGCCCUGACGAGAAUGCUGGUGCCGUCGUGGCUGCCGCUCUUGCUGCCUGCCCUAACGGCUCUUCUGACAGCAGCGCUACUGGCACCAACGGUGGUGGUGCCUCCAAGACUGGUGAUUCCGCCUCUGCCACCGGCACUGAUGCCUCCAAGACCGGCGACUCCACUGCCACUGCCACUGGCUCUGACGCUUCCAAGACUGGUGACUCGACUGCCACUGGUACCGACGCCUCCAAGACUGGCGACUCCACUGCCACUGCUACUGGUACCGAUGCUUCCAAGACUGGCGACUCCACUGCUACUGGCACCGACGCCUCGAAGACCGGUGACUCCACCGCCACUGCUACUGGCACCGACGCUUCCAAGACCGGCGACUCCACUGCCACUGCUACUGGCACUGAUGCUUCUAAGACCGGUGACUCGACUGCCACUGGUACCGACGCCUCCAAGACUGGCGAGUCUACCACCGGCUCUACUACCCUGAGCACUUCUGCCAGCAGCACCACCGACGGCUCCAGCUCCUCUGAGACCGGCUCUAACGGCUCCAGCUCCACUGAAGGCUCUAACGGCGGUUCCAACGGUGGCAGCAGCGCAACUGAAACUGCUCCCUCCAGCACCUCUACCGACUCUGCCGCUUCCAAGACUGUCUUGGGUAGCGGUGCCCUGGGUGCUCUUGCCCUCGCCGCUUUCUUCGUUCUCUAAACGCUUUAUUAAUGACCAACUGCACCCUUGAAUGAGCGAUGGCGUUCACGAUUCCCCGCCUUUCGCCUGAUUUAUUUUGCAUCCUGUACUGUACAUGUUUUUGUAACGGAUUCUUCGUUUACGACGGUAGAUAAUUAGUGACUACCCAGCUAUAGCUGUGUCAUGACGUACUAAUUUGAAUUGAUCCAAUAAUUACAUUUAAA